AUGGCGGCCAGGGACCGCUUCGGGGUCUACGCUGAGCCAGGCGCUUCGCCGUUGCAGCGGGCAAUCCGAAAUGCCUGCGAUCCUCAAAACUACGAACCGAACCUGGCCCUGAACCUUGAAGUUGCGGAUCUAAUCAACUCCAAGAAAGGCAAUGCGCCGCGAGAAGCCGCAUUGGAUAUAGUUCAUCUCAUCAAUUCCCGGAAUCAGAAUGUCGCAUUGUUGGCGUUGGCGCUACUCGAUAUUGCCGUCAAGAACUGCGGAUAUCCAUUCCAUCUCCAAAUCGGUACAAAGGAGUUUCUGAAUGAAUUGGUUCGCAGGUUCCCCGAGCGGCCACCCAUACGGCCCUCCAGGGUCCAACACCGCAUUUUGGAGUCGAUCGAGGAGUGGCGCCAGACUAUCUGCCAGACAUCGCGCUAUAAGGAUGACCUAGGCUUCAUUCGGGACAUGCACCGUCUGUUGCUUUAUAAGGGAUAUAUGUUCCCGGAGGUCCGUCGAGAAGAUGCUGCGGUCUUGAAUCCAAGUGAUAACCUCCGCUCAGCAGAUGAGAUGGAAGAGGAAGAGAGGGAAGCGCAGUCUGCCAAACUCCAGGAGUUGAUUCGGAGAGGCACUCCCGCCGAUCUACAGGAAGCGAACCGGCUCAUGAAGGUUAUGGCAGGAUUCGACAAUCGGCAUAAAACCGAUUAUCGAGCAAAGGCUGCGGAGGAGGUUGUUAAGGUGCAACAAAAAGCCAAGAUUCUGGAAGAGAUGCUGCAGAAUCAAAAGCCCGGGGAACCUCUCCCAGAAGGCGAAGUUUUCGAGGAACUUGCGAGUGCUUUGCAAAGCGCUCACCCCAAAAUCCAGAAAAUGUGCGAGGAAGAAUCGGAUGAUCCCGAGGCCGUCCACAAGCUAUUGGAGAUCAACGACAGCAUACAUCGCACAAUCGAGCGGUAUAAGCUAGUUAAGAAAGGUGAUCUGGAUGCUGCAUCUCAGAUUCCCAAGGGUACACUGGGCACCACGACUGGAGUUUCAACAAAUGCAAACAACGAGCUCUCUCUUAUCGAUUUCGACCCGGAGCCUGAACCCAGCUCCAACGGUAACGAGGCCGGGCCAUCCCACGGUGGGAGCUCCUUGGAGAAUGAUCUACUCGGUCUUUCAUUAGGCGGACAAACUCCCUCCCCCGGAGGUGGUAUCUCUCUCGGACCUUCCAUGAACUUCGCGUCCAUGCCAGCAAGCCCAACGCCGCCUGUUCCAUCACAACCUCAGCAGCAUGCGCCAACAGCCUUCAAACCCAAUUAUGAUAUCCUUGCUUCUCUGAACAGUUCGCGACCUGUCUCUCAAUCUCCCACGCCCGUCAUGGGGGUCUCGCCCCAAGCCCAGUCCAGAGCGACCCCGCCACCAGCGGCUGAUCCAUUUGCAUCGCUCGUCUCUGCUAGCCCACGGGCAGCAUCUGGUCCCUUUCAACCACCGGCGCAAAGCCAACCUGCUCCCGCUCCAUCGUCAUUGCUUGACCUGAUGGGAGGCACGAGUCCGUCUCCUCAACCGCCGCGGCAGGCCGCUCCAGUGGAAGAUGAUGAGUGGGAUUUCGCAUCCGCAUUGCCAGCGAGCAAUGCGCUUCCAUCGACCAAUAAGAUUCAAGUCCUUAACUCUCAGCUCCAAGUUGACUUCGCUGCGCGCCGGGUGCCGACGCAGCCACGCCAGAUCCACGUUGUAGCUAUAUUUUCAAACACAACUAGUCAGCGUAUUGGAGAUCUCCAUUUCCAGGUCGCUGUGGAGAAGUCCUACACGCUACAGCUUCGGCCGCAAUCAGGCCGAGAUAUUGCACCCCAGCAGCAAAAUGGUGUCCAACAGGAGAUGCUCAUUGACGGAGUUGAUGCUGGGAAGGGCAACUCGGUCAAGAUUCGAUUCAAGGUGUCUUACAAGCUUGGAGGCGAGGCCCGAGAGGAACAGGGGAUGGUGCCGCCGCUGGGAAUCGCGUAA